CCCGCGCGGCGUGCACUCCGGUCGCUGCCGCCAUCCCUGCUGGCGAGAGAGAGGAGAGAGACAGAGAGGCCCGCCCGCUAGCCGGCCGGGCCAGUGUGGGCCAGUGCGUGAGGGCGCGGGGGGCCGUGUCAGCGCGACGCAGAGCGCAGCCGCCACCGCCAAACGGACAUGUUGGAGCCCCGCGCUGCCGCCGCCGCCGCCGCCUCCCGUCCCUCCGCCAGCGCACGGGACUGAGCAGGGGCCCGCCGCCUCUGACUGCGCUCGACCGGCCCAGCCUCGCCGCCUCGGCCGCAGCCCCUUCCUGCUCGGCCUCGGCCGCCGCCGCUCGUCGCCUCCCGUCUUCCUUUCCCCCCCACCCCCCACGCCCCAGGCCCUGCCGGUUCCCGGCCCUGCUCCGCCGCGGCGCGAGGUCUAUGUGACCGGCGGGCCCGGAGCAGCCGCCGCCGCCGCCGCCGCCGCAACGCGAACAUGGACGCCGUCAACGCCUUCAACCAAGAGCUUUUUUCACUUAUGGAUAUGAAACCUCCCAUCUCUAGAGCCAAGAUGAUUCUGAUUACUAAAGCUGCUAUCAAAGCUAUUAAGCUCUAUAAGCAUGUUGUUCAGAUAGUAGAGAAGUUCAUCAAAAAGUGUAAACCAGAAUACAAGGUUCCAGGAUUAUAUGUCAUUGAUUCCAUUGUGAGACAGUCUCGUCAUCAGUUUGGAACUGAUAAAGAUGUUUUUGGGCCAAGAUUCUCUAAAAAUAUAACUGCUACAUUCCAAUAUUUGUAUCUUUGUCCAUCUGAAGAUAAGAGUAAAAUAGUUCGUGUGCUAAAUCUUUGGCAAAAAAAUGGAGUAUUCAAAAUUGAAAUUAUUCAACCUCUUUUGGACAUGGCAGCAGGAACCAGUAAUGCUGUUCCAGUAGCAGAAAAUGUUACCAACAAUGAAGGCUCCCCUCCACCCCCAGUAAAAGCCUCUUCUGAACUUGCACAAGCUCCCACAAACUCCAUGCCUACCGUGCCACAGUUGCCCAGCUCUGACGCCUUUGCUGCUGUGGCUCAACUGUUUCAGACAACUCAAGGCCAACAGCUUCAGCAGAUCCUUCAGACUUUUCAACAACCUCCAAAACCACAGUCUCCCGCCCUUGACAAUGCUGUGAUGGCUCAGGUUCAGGCUAUCACAGCUCAGUUAAAGACAGCUCCUACACAACCACCUGAGCAAAACGCUGCUUUCCCCCCACCUGAACAAAAAACUGCAUUUGACAAGAAGCUGCUUGAUAGAUUUGAUUAUGAUGAUGAGCCUGAAGCUUUGGAAGACGCAAAGAAAGAGGAUGCGACUGUCACUGCUGCAGCCCCUGCUGCUGCCACUCCUGCACCCGCUGUGGCCACACCUGCUGUUGCUCCUGCUGUGGCCGCACCCUCUGCCACCUCUCCCCCUCCUCCACAGGUGCCAUUUGGCUAUCCUGGGGACAGCUUGCAGCAGCCAGCCUACACACAGCAUCCAAAUAUGGAUCAGUUUCCACCUCGGAUGAUGGGAAUGCAACAGGAUACAGUGCACCAUCAGGUUCCACUUCCUCCUAAUGGACAGAUGCCAGGCUUUGGGCUUCUCUCUGCACCUCCAUUUCCUCCCAUGCCUCAACCUGGGAUGGCCCAACCUGGGAUGCCUCAGCCUGGGAUGGCCCAACCUGGGAUGCCUCAGCCUGGGAUGGCCCAACCUGGGAUGCCUCAGCCUGGGAUGGCCCAACCUGGGAUGCCUCAGCCUGGAAUGGCUCAGCCUGGGAUGCCUCAGCCUGGGAUGGCCCAACCUGGGAUGCCUCAGCCUGGGAUUCCUCCAACUCCACCAGUACAACCAACUUUCCAAUCUACUUUUCAGCCACAAAAUGAGCCUCUUUCACAAAAGCCACAUCAGCAGGAAAUGGAAGUAGAACAGCCUUGUAUCCCAGAGGUUAAGCGGCACGCACCUGAGAGCAGAAAGUCAAGAUCUAGGUCAGCAUCCAGGUCACCAAAAAGGAGAAGAUCUAGAUCUGGCUCUAGGUCUCGGAGAUCCCGCCACAGACGUUCUCGGUCCCGAUCCAGGGACAGGCGCCGGCACUCACCUCGGUCUCGCUCUCAAGAAAGACGAGAUCGAGAAAAAGAGAGGGAACGGCGACAAAAAGGCCUCCCUCCGAUGAAGGCGGAAACUGCAAGUGUUUGUAGUACCACACUGUGGGUGGGACAACUAGACAAAAGGACUACCCAGCAGGAUGUUGCCAGUCUCUUAGAGGAGUUUGGUCCAAUUGAAUCAAUUAAUAUGAUUCCUCCCAGAGGUUGUGCCUAUAUUGUUAUGGUUCAUAGGCAAGAUGCAUACCGUGCCCUGCAGAAACUGAGCCGGGGAAACUACAAAGUGAAUCAGAAAUCCAUAAAGAUUGCCUGGGCCUUAAACAAAGGAAUAAAGGCAGAUUAUAAACAGUAUUGGGAUGUUGAACUGGGUGUUACUUAUGUCCCGUGGGACAAAGUCAAACCUGAGGAGCUGGAAAGUUUCUGUGAAGGAGGAAUGUUGGACAGUGACACACUUAACCCAGAUUGGAAAGGAAUCACCAAGAAGCCUGAAAAUGAAGUUGCCCAAAAUGGAGGAGCAGAAGCCUCCCACACAGAACCAGUGUCACCCGUACCUAAACCUUUGCCUGUACCCGUCCCUCCUAUUCCUGUUCCUGCGCCCAUAACAGUGCCACCUCCACAGGUUCCACCUCAUCAGCCAGGUCCUCCUGUAGUUGGUGCUCUCCAGCCACCUGCUUUCACACCUCCCCUAGGGAUCCCCCCUCCAGGCUUUGGCCCUGGUGUUCCUCCUCCUCCUCCUCCACCACCGUUUCUGCGCCCAGGAUUUAACCCAAUGCAUUUACCACCAGGUUUUCUUCCUCCCGGACCCCCACCUCCUAUAACUCCACCAGUAUCUAUUCCUCCUCCUCACACUCCACCAAUAAGCAUCCCAAACUCUACUAUCGCUGGUAUAAGUGAAGACACUACAAAAGACUUAUCUAUUGGAAAUCCCAUUCCAACAGUGGUGUCUGGGGCUAGAGGAAACGCCGAGUCUGGUGACAGUGCGAAAAUGUAUGGCUCUGCUGUGCCACCUGCUGCACCCACGAAUCUGCCCACCCCUCCUGUAACCCAGCCCGUUUCGCUUCUUGGUACUCAAGGAGUUGCACCUGGUCCUGUAAUUGGGCUCCAGGCACCAUCUACUGGUCUUCUUGGUGCCAGACCUGGCCUGAUCCCACUCCAGCGCCCCCCAGGGAUGCCUCCACCUCACUUGCAGCGGUUUCCUAUGAUGCCACCUCGCCCCAUGCCACCUCACAUGAUGCACAGAGGUCCGCCUCCAGGACCAGGGGGCUUUGCUAUGCCCCCACCUCAUGGAAUGAAAGGGCCCUUUCCACCACAUGGCCCCUUCGUUAGGCCUGGUGGAAUGCCAGGGCUUGGGGGCCCAGGGCCAGGCCCAGGAGGACCAGAAGACAGAGAUGGAAGGCAGCAACAACCACAGCAGCAGCAGCAGCAGCAGCCGCAGCAGCCACCACCACAACAGUCACAGCCACAGCAGCCACCACCAUCCCAGCAGCCAGCGCCAGCUCAGCAGCAGCCACAGCAGUUUAGAAAUGAUAGCAGACAGCAGUUCAAUUCAGGUAGAGACCAAGAAAGGUUUGGAAGAAGAUCUUUUGGAAAUAGGGUGGAAAAUGACCGGGAACGGUAUGGGAACCGUAACGAUGAUAGAGAUAAUAGUAACCGUGAAAGGAGAGAGUGGGGGAGAAGGAGCCCUGACCGGGACAGACACAGAGACUUGGAAGAGAGAAACAGACGCUCUAGUGGGCAUCGGGACAGAGACAGGGAUUCUAGAGAUAGAGAGUCCCGUAGAGAGAAGGAAGAGAAUCGGAAGGAGAAGCACGAGCUCCCAGACAGGGCAGGUGGUAGCAAAGCCAGUGAACCUCCCCUUAGCCAAGCGGGAAACGUAGACACUGUUUCUGAACUUGAUCAGGGGGAGGCCAUGGCCACAGUGGUAAAACCUGAAGAGUCACCUGCUGAGGCUACCUCAUCCGUUGAACCUGAGAAGGAUUCUGGCUCAGCAGCAGAGGCUCCUCGCUAGAGACUGGAUUUGACAGACUCUGACAGGACACUUGGGUGUAGAGCUGAGGUGUACAGAUGCUGUAUAAUAUUUGCUCCUGCUACAUCACCUCACAGUAGUUGGUGGGGUCUGUAAGCAAUUUGAUUGCUUCCCUUCUAUUUAAAAAUAGCCACAAAAUAACAAAAAAUACUGAAGAUAUAUUACCCUUUUUUGCUGUAACUUUUUAAAAGUUUUGACUUUUAAAAGUUUACAAAUCCUAAUUAGAAGUGCUCUCUAUUUUUUUUUUUUAAUUUAAGACAAGGUAACGGUGAAAGCUCCUCAAACAAUAGGGAUGUUUUUAAUAAACUCUAUUUUCGUAACAAA